AUGCAUCGUCGUAUCAUCCUCGUCAUUGGACUCGCCGCAGGGCGUGCUCUGGCCUCCCCCACUGUCACGCUCCUCUACGUCAACUCCCUCGACUACCGCACCGAUGCGCAAUCUCAGAGUGCCCUGCUUUUGAGCAGCCCCGCCUCACAGGGCUUCACUGCAGUCGAAGCACAGUCAAGCUGUGCAGCUUAUCACGAGAACCUACUGACGGGCGACUCCCUUGGUCUGGACCUCCCCGCCCUUCUCAACUACACGGCCUCGCAGCACGAUGUGGCACAAAGCGAGGCCAUCUGGCUCGGCGAGUCCACCACCGUCGAGAUCAACGGUGGCAAGAUCCAAAAGAGUAGCGUCCACCCCUCAACCGCCGCGAAGCUCCGCCACGCACUGUGCACGCAAAACGACCCGUCGACGCGCGUAAACGCGAGCGUGCGCACCCCCACGAACACGGUCGUGGUACAAGGCAACCUCACCUCCUGGCGUGGUUAUCGCAACAAGAAGAGCUUUCGCUUUCUGGGCAUCCUCUACUCUAAUGACCCAAAACGCUUCGAGUACGCCACGGUGCGCGCGCCCGCCCUCGAAGCCAUUGAUGCCACGUACUACGGCAAGCCCUGUGCGCAAUACGGCGUGCCGGGCAACGAGUCGACGGAGGCGUGUAAUUUCCUCAAUCUGUACACGCCCUCGCUGCCCGGGAACUCCUCCUCCUCGCCGAAGUCGCGUCUACGGCCCAUCCUAGUCUUUAUUCACGGCGGCGCCUUCCUCUCCGGCUCGGCGGGCAGUAGUCGUGACGGUCUGGUCGACGGAGGGAAUCUUGCCUCGCGCGGGGACGUGGUUGUGAUCACACUGCAGUAUCGCCUCGGUUCGCUGGGAUGGCUGGCCAUACCGGGGGACGAGGGACUGGAGGGCGACGAGGCGCUCAAUGGUAACUACGGGUUCAGCGACGUCCUCGCUGCGCUGGAGUGGGUUCGCGACAAUGCGGCAUAUUUUGGCGGGGAUGCAAGCAAGGUCACCGUAUGGGGGCAGAGUGCCGGCGCAAGCAUCGUAUCAGCUCUUCUUCGCGCGCCCAAGGCCAAAGGGCUCUUUCGCUCUGCUAUCCUCUCCUCUCUUCCAGGCGGGUACAACCAGGCAACGCACUACAGCCAAUUCGUGCCAAUCUCGCGCAGCUACGAUCUCGCUGGGAGGGAGACGGUACGGGCCUCUGGCUGCCUGCGCAAGAAGGCCCAGGAGACAGUGCAAUGCCUGCGUCGCCUCCCCGCGUACAACCUCACGGACGCUGUACCGCGCAGUCUGCCGCACACGCUCUACCCGCGCUACAUAGUCGUCAACGACUUGGUCCCUUCUGCCACGCUGGACCAGGAGAGCGUCGUCUCCCCCGUGCCCCUGCUCCUUGGCGUAACAGCAGAGGACGGUGCCCCUUUCAUCCGGUACAACUUCUCCGGCUCUACACGCGAGACGGCCAUCCGUGCUGUGUUGGAUACGCGCAUCGCCCAAGAGGAGAACAUUGUCCUCGAAGGCUCAGGGGAAGGGGAUUCUGCGCAGAACUACACGGCGGACGUCUUAGCGCGCACCGAUCUUUUCCCGCUGGGCACCUCGCACCCUCCAAACGCGACGCUAAACGCCUUCAACCUGAGCGCGACGAUCAAUACGGACCUUCUGUUUCGCUGCUACGGGCAGAAGAUCGCGCAUUGGUCUAGCUGGCCGGGGAGUUGGUUCUACCAAUUCGAGCGCAGUUUCCAACGAGACUUUAAUGUGAAUCGACCCACCUGCGGGCCCGUGGGGGAUCCGGGUUCAAGUGCCUACCUGAGGUGUCAUGGUGGUGAGCUCCCCUUUCUUUUUGGCAACUUCCCCGAUGCGGGGAUAGCCUUUCGCGAUACCUCCAAUGACCUCGACUUUGUCCGGCUGGCAAUCGACGUGUGGACCAGCUUCGCCCGCACGUCCAAUCCGACGCCAAGCGUCGAGUACCUGCGCACGCGCGGGUAUGCGUCUACGCUGCGGGCGUUUGAUCGGAGUGGGGAGUGGGGGAUGGCGAACAAGGGGAGGGGAAAGGUGAUGCGAUUGGAUGUUCAGCCGAAAGUGGGGGAGAUGGUGAGGCGAGAGCAGUGUGAGACGUUGGGGCUGGGGAUCGAUGCGUAG